AUGGCUCUUCCAUCGGCAGCAACCAGCCUGCGGCGAUCUCUGCAGGAUCCCCAGGUAUUCAUCACAGCCCCAGGAGUCUAUGACGGAAUGUCCGCACGACUAGCACUGGCAGCAGGCUUCGAUGCACUAUACAUGACAGGCGCCGGAACCGCAGCCUCGGUGCAUGGUCAAGCGGACCUCGGAAUCUGCACGCUGAAUGAUAUGCGAGCGAACGCGGAGAUGCUAGCAAACCUCUCACCGCGCACACCGCUGAUCGCCGACGCCGACACCGGCUACGGCGGGCCGAUCAUGGUAGCCCGCACAACAGAGCAAUACGCCCGGUCCGGCGUAGCGGCCUUCCACAUCGAGGAUCAGGUACAGACCAAGCGGUGCGGACAUCUCUCCGGGAAGCAACUCGUCGACACAGCAACCUACACCAGUCGCAUCCGGGCGGCUGUUCAAGCGCGUGAACGCAUCGGUAGUGAUAUCGUGAUCAUUGCGCGGACGGACUCGCUGCAGCAGCACGGCUAUGAAGAGAGUUUGGCGCGGCUGCGGGCGGCGAGGGAUGCGGGCGCGGACGUUGGGUUCUUGGAGGGCAUUUCGUCACGGGAAAUGGCUCGCCGGGUUGUCGCCGACCUUGCGCCGUGGCCUUUGCUAUUGAAUAUGGUGGAGCAUGGGUCCACGCCUUCGAUUUCUGCGAAGGAGGCGAAGGAGAUUGGGUUCCGUGUUAUCAUCUUCCCAUUUGCGACUCUGGGCCCGGCUCUCCUGGCUAUGCGGGAGGGGCUGGAGAAAUUGAAGCGUGAUGGCUUGCCUGGUCUCGAUAAAGAGGUAACACCUCAGAUGUUGUUCAGGGUAUGCGGGCUGGAUGAUAGCCUUAAGUUGGAUGCGGCUGCUGGCGGUGUGGCGUUUGAAGGUGGUGUGGAUUUGGAAGAGAAAUGA